ACUCUGCCUGCAGCCUUUGUUCGUCUGCACACCGUACAGAGGACCUCUUUACAGAGCUGAAAACAGCGGGCCUCAUCCAUGGCACCGAGAAAACAUAUUAGAUUUGACCUCCCUAGGGAUAACAGUGCUAGCCAGGAACUCUGUGAGCUUCAAUCACGUGUUCCAGCAGUGGGCCCGGGAUUUCGACGAUUACAAAAAAUUAGGCCAUAUUCCUGUGUGGAUUAUCAGCCAGCGGAUGAUGCUGGUGUCGUACGUCAUAGGAAAUCACUAUUUGUUCGAACCACCUGCAGAAGGGAGCAAAGAACCUGCUCUUGACCUUGUCUUCAUACGAGGGCAGAGUUGGGAAUUCUUACCAGGCUAUUACCGCCACCUUGCGCCCGGUAGGGGAAACACAGUUAUUGAAAGGUUGCGCCAUAUUGGCAACACGUCGUGGGUGAGUAUACAAGAAGUAAGAGAUUCCCCAACCAAUGAGCUGAUGAUUAGAGGAAUUCUUCAAAGAAUCAACGUUUCAGCGAUCAGACGCAGACCAGAGCCGCUCCCUGAUUGGUUGAAGGAGAGGUAUUACUAUCUGACGUCAUCAGUAUCACGCCCACCGACUGUACAAGUCUUUGAUGAGCCGACCAACGUCAAGUGUUUCCGAUAUUCUGUAGUUGUGGCUCCAAGUGAGACAGACACCAAUAAUCAUACAUUUCACGCAUCCUACCUCUGGUACUGUAUGGACUGCGCAACUGUUGGUGCAAGAGGCGGGGCAUAUUCUGUCCUUAGAGGAAACCUUGCCAAGUUCGACCUGAAGAUGUUGGAAGUGUUAUACCAGAAAGAAUCACUAGAGGGCGAUGUGCUUGACAUUGAAUCAUGGGAGGACCAGGGCAGUCCUGACAUACUGAGGUUCCAGGUCAAGAAAGGAAAUGAGAACAUCACACAAUUAACUAUGCAGUUCUACCUUCCUACUGCUUAAGACCUAUAUGAUGAUUUUGAGGGAUGUGGUGUAGUUUUCUUCAAAUUGCAAUAUAAUACUGAAUAAGGAAAGAAUCUGCAUUGUCAAGUAAUAUGUUUGUAGAAAUUGUAUAAACUGUGUCGUUGCAUGUUGCAUGUUGUUACAUGUUGUAUGUGAGAUACCUAACAUAUAAUGACCACUUUGUU